AUGCCGGAAAUCGACGAGAACCAGCUGAUGUGGCUGGAGGAGGACGUGGAUGAAGAAGAACCGCGCCAGGAGCGACGAUCCUUGCAAACCGCCCAGCUGGGCGAGGCCAACGCAAAUGGAGAGCGCGAACACAGCGCAGCCAUCUCCGCGCUAGAGGACGAGCUGCAACGUACCCGUAAGGAGCUCAUGGACGUCCGAAGGGAGCUCGCAGCAAAGACCGUCCAGUUAUCUCGCAAGGAGGUCAUCGUCUCCCAGGAGAAGGUCGCGGAGCUGGCAGCCAACGUCGCCAGCGAGAAGGACAAGCAGCUGGCAAGUCUGGCGGCACAUGUGGAGCAGCUGGAGGUAGCGCUGGGGCAGAAGGAGGAGGAGCUUGAGGAGAGCAGGCGGCUCUACAAUGCGCAGAAGAGGGCGCUACGAGAGGCUUUGGCGACGGCGGCCGAGGCAGAGGCGGCGGAGCGGCAGGCUGAUGAGGCGCGGGCCCGAACCGCCGUGGCGCAGGUGGUUGAGGACGAGCUUGAUCGGCUGCAGCACGAGCUGGCGCUACUGCAGGCCCGGUACGAUCUGGAGAUGCGGGCUCGGGAUGCCGAGUUGCAGUCCCUCAGGACAGAGCUUCAGGCCGCUAACACGAGCAGGAAGCAGGCAAUAGCCGCUGCCGAGGCCGCCCUGACCGAGGCCUGGCAGGCUGAGCUGGGCCGGGCUACAGAGGAUGCCACAGCCCGGGUCGCGCAGCUGGAGGCGGAGGUGGCCAGAGUACGACAGCAACUGGAGGAGCAGGCCAGGGGCUCCGACACGAUGGACUUGGCGGGUGAGCUGGCCUCCCUGAACCAGCAGAAGGUGGCCAUUCAGCGGGAGUUUGACGCCUUCCGCGAGAUGGCCACCACCGCCGCCCGGGAGCACCGGGAGGCGGCGGCGCGGCUGCUGGAGGAGAAUGCGGCGCUCAAGAGCCGGCUGGCCGCCAGGGCCUUUCAGGACGUGCAAGCGGGGCUCAGGCCGCAGUCCAAGGUGUUUUCCGCCCGCACUGGUUCCCCGGGGUCUCCCCUCGGUCCGGGUCCGGGCACCUCCGGCGGCGGCACUGGGCUGCUGGGCUCGGGGGGGGGCUGGGUGGACCAGCUGCCGGAGCUGCUGGCGCACCUGGAGAGACAGAGGAAGGGUUUGGCCCCCAUGUUAGUCCUUGGCGGUGUGGUGCUGCUGUUCCUGCUGGUGGCGGUCGUUCGUGCGGCUGUUGCCACCCGGGCGGAGCACAGCGGGGGCCUCUGCUUCCUGGCGCAUCUGGGCAUCAAUGUUGGCCCGGGUUGCGGUCCCAAGCAUCCACACUCUGUGGCGGAUGCCGCCGGAGAGGAGCUGGUCCAUUUGAUCGAUCAGGCGCCUAGAGUACAUGACGUGGAGGCGGUUGCGGAGGCGGCGACGGGGGAGGCGGCGAGCGACGGAGCUGGUUCGGCAGCCUCGGUAGAGGGAGUGGCGGCCACGCAGAGCGCGGACACCAAGCGGGCCGUGGAGGUUACCGAGGGGGCGGCUGGGGCGGAGAGCUUGGAGCGGCGCGCGGUGGAGGAAGCGGCGGCCGAUUCCUCCACCGCGACGGCAAUGGCCAGCGACGCCGCCAGGCAGGAGAAUGGCGGCAGCGGCAGCGGCAGCGCCAAACUUUUGGAUUCUGCCGUGCAAGACGUACUGCUGCAUCAAAAUCCCCGGGUGGCUGGGGCGGCCUCGACGGCUGUUGCAGGGCUGGCGGAGGGGGGUGGGGCCGGCGAUGUGGCUGCGAACAUUGGAGCAGUAACGGCUGGCACGGGCCAGGGGGAAGAGGAGGGCGCCGCGGCGGCGGCACGGCGGCGUCUCCAUCAUCAUCAGCAGCAACAUUCAAUUGGGGUGAAGAAAGGGGAGGAGGAAAAGGGCCAGAAAGAGAACCUAGGGACGGUGCGGCGACACAGCCAGCGGAUGUUGCGGUCCGGCUUGGCAGUGGCGACUAGAGAUCGGCACCUUGGGGCCCGGUAA